UGUGCUUAUUGACAACCAGCGAAUACAUCGUAAUUACAUUCCUUUUCUGUCGAAAGACUCGAAGCGAAACAGUUCGUCACGAAGUUUUCAAGCAUUUUCAUACGAAAUCAAAACUGCUGGUCAACAACGAUAUCUUAAAGAAAUAAGUGCGAACUGAAAGCUAAACUAGCAACAGGAAAAUGCCUAAGAACAAGGGAAAAGGAGGUAAAAAUCGUCGUCGUGGAAAGAACGAAAAUGAAUUCGAGAAACGUGAAUUGAUUUUCAAGGAAGAUCAGCAAGAAUAUGCUCAAGUCACUAAAAUGCUUGGUAAUGGACGUCUGGAGGCGACUUGUUUUGACGGAGUGAAACGUCUGUGUCACAUUCGGGGGAAACUCAGAAAGAAGGUUUGGAUCAAUCAAGGUGAUAUCAUUCUGGUUGGUUUACGUGACUAUCAGGAUUCGAAAGCAGAUGUUAUCUUGAAGUACACACCCGAUGAGGCGAGGAAUUUGAAAACCUAUGGCGAGUUCCCCGAAUCAGUGCGCAUCAACGACACAGUCACCUUCGUCGAGGAUGGCUUCGAUGAGGAUAUCGAAUUCGGUGAUGAGAUCAGUUCCGAGGACGAUGCUGAUUCCGUUGACAAUAUAUGAUUAACAAGAAAUAAGCGCGAGUCUUCAAACCAACAAGAGGAAGAAUUAAGUAAAAUGAAAUUUUGAAAAGAACCAAUAAAUAUAAAAUGGAAGUA